GUGACAAAACACGACCGCCUUCCUCAAGCCCCUCUACUAUUAUUCGCCGCACUUCCUCUCUGGAUACACUUGCUGCUCCAUACCUUGCAGGGCACUGGCCUCGUGAUAAUCAUGGUCAAACUGCUCCUUGCAUGAAGGACAAAGCUACACAGACAGAGAGUGCAUGGGCCGAAGAAUAUUUUGAAAAGAAGAAAGGGUCUCACAAGCGUUCAGCAUCCUGGGGCAGUACAGAUCAACUUAAGGAGAUUGCAAAAUUACGCCAGCAAUUGCAGAGAAGUAAGCAUAGCAGUCGACAUCAUCGAGAUAAAGAAAGACAGUCACCAUUCCAUGGCAACCAUUCAGCCAUUAACCAGUGUCAGGCUCCUGUUCCAAAGAGUACUCUUAUUCCAGCAGUUCCCAUCACCAAAUCAACAGGCUCCCGGUUCCGGAACAGUGUGGAAGGAUUGAAUCAGGAGAUUGAAAUAAUAAUUAAAGAGACAGGGGAAAAGGAAGAACAACUUAUACCACAAGAUAUUCCAGAUGGCCAUCGUGCACCUCCUCCCCUUGUACAGAGAAGUAGCAGCACACGCAGCAUCGACACGCAGACUCCUGCUGGGGCAGACAGGGGGAGCAACAACAGCAGCCGCUCCCAGUCUGUGUCCCCCGCGUCAUUCCUCACCAUCUCCAAUGAAGGCAGCGAAGAGAGCCCUUGUUCAGCUGAUGACCUGCUCGUUGAUCCCAGAGAUAAAGAGAAUGGGAACAACUCUCCUUUGCCCAAAUAUGCAACUUCACCAAAACCCAACAACAGUUAUAUGUUCAAAAGGGAACCUCCAGAGGGCUGUGAAAGGGUCAAAGUCUUUGAGGAAUGCUCGCCAAAACAACUUCAUGAAAUCCCAGCCUUUUACUGUCCUGACAAAAACAAGGUGAAUUUCAUUCCUAAAAGCGGCUCUGCUUUCUGCCUCGUCAGCAUCCUCAAGCCACUCCUUCCCACGCCAGAUCUUACCCUCAAGGGCUCUGGCCACAGCCUGACGGUCACCACUGGCAUGACGACCACUCUGCUGCAGCCCAUCGCCAUGGCCUCCCUGUCUGCAGAGCAAGACCGAGUCUCCCGAGGAACAAGUACAAUCAUGCCAUCGGCCUCGCUACUCACACCACCCGAACCAAUUGAGGAGGCUGAAGGGUAGGUCCCAGUGCUGCGUAGCGACUGCUCCCUCAGAUCUCCUGACUGUGAUGGCACCUUGCGCUCGCGCUCAGUUGGCUGUGCCCUGCUCAGGCUUCCAGGGUGACUCCCAGCACAGCUUCUGGAAGAACACCCUCUGGUGGCCGGCUCGCUGAAAGGCCAGCCCUCAGUGCUUAGCCUGCUUUCUCCUAAAGCGCCAGUUGGAACAGAAAGGUCUCAUUCUUUGCUUUUGGUGGGCUGAUACCACUUUUUUUGUUGUUGUUGUUUUGUUUUCAAAUUAAACUUCGUUAGAAAUAAAAACACAACAAAACACUGACCCCUGCAAAUGAUUCCUGGAGACGUGAAUGAUGCUGCAAGAACCAUCUUUUAUAUGAUAAUGACUAUUUUAUAAAACCAAUGUGACAUUUUCUGAAACGUAGCAAACAGAUGUUCAAAAGAGUCUUUGGUGGCCUCUGUUUCUUGUUUCCCUUUCUCAAUGUGUGCUUUUCUCAGCUGUUUUCAGCUUUGGGACCAAAGGGAUUGUUGACAUUUUCCCAGCAAUCUUAUUCUCAUGACUGUGUUCUCCUCCCAAACAAGAAUUGAUAAGUAAAUGCGUUGAACAAGUAUAUAAAAAAAGAAAUAAAAAGCAAUAUUAGUACAUGAUGUGAUUUAUGUUUUUUGAUGUCAGAAGUUUGUGCUUUGGGUGAAAUAUUUGUAAAACUGCUGUUCUCUUCACUACUCCUGUGUACAUUCCACCAUGUGCUCAGAAAAAUUGUAGUCUGGAGAUGAGUGCUUAACAAGUUCUCACCCAUCAUUGGAAGUUGGUUUGAAAGUACAUGAGCCAAUAGGAAGCUGCGCAGUGUUGAUUGCUAGCUAGGAGUAAUAAGCCCCUUUGGUUUUCUGCACAGUAUUUGUCAUAUGAUCUCCUUUUACCACAGGUAUCCUACCUUUCAUCAUCACUGUAUCAUAGUCCCAGAGAUCCUAAAAUGAUGGUGCAUGGAUUUCCUUCUUUGCUUUUGUGAUGUUGUUGUCUUGUGGACUUGGUCCGGGUUAGUAGUUUGCCAGGAGCCUAAUCCAUUGAAUAGCAAUCCGUAGUCACAGAAUCUUGCGACUGACAGUUUAUUUAUGUAGUUGGCACUGAGAUGUUGUUACCUACAGGUUUUGCUAGUUGUCCGUCCAACAUUCCACACAGUGGGAAACAGGCAAAGAGAGCUUUGGGGCAUAAGCCACAGGAACCUUUGAAAAAUCCAUCCAGUUUUGGAUUUAGGUUCAUCCUAAUACAGUUACUGCCAGUGUCAUGUGUCAGCAGUAUUUCAUGUGUGGGAAUGUGGUAGUAAAAUUAAGGAGCAGCUCUUUUAAAAAGUGAGUUCCAGCAAACUGUGUUGGCAGCAAGCAUCCUUCUGAGGUCUUCAUAUACUACCUUAUGAUGCAAUGCUGUAAUGUUCUUAUACAUAUUAAAGGGAGAAAAAUUUAAAUACUUGUAAAAGGAGACAGUUUAAAGGGUUAACUAUGUCAGUUUAUCCAGACAUAUCCCAUCAAGGAAAACCUAGUGGUAGCAAUACAUCUUCUGAAAGGACUUCAUAUACUCAUGCAACUUUAAAAUAUCUAAGUAAUGAAAAGCAUGCCCUGUUAAAGUUAAAAUGAAGAUGUAUUUAGGGAAGUUAGAUAAAUUCAAACAUAAGUCUGUCAGGUUAGUUGGUGAGACUGAUGAAUUUUGGUACCUUUUUUGUUUAAAAUUAAUUUACUUGGAAUUUGUACAUGUGGCUUCUAAGUCAGUUAUAUAGGAUCUAAAUGUUCUGUUUGGUUUACUAAGAACUUUGAUUCUUUGCCUUUGACUUUACCAUUGCACCACAGAGAACUGCUCUAUCAGCAGUACAGGAAAGGUAAAAGUGAGGGUCAGGUGAGUUAGUGUAAAAGGCAGGAACAGGAAGUUAAAGACAAGGUUAAAAAUCACGCACACAGCUGUUUUUGGAUGACUUGAGUUCUGUUAAAUCUGUGUUCUUUUCUUUGCCUCACACUUAACUUUCUUGUGUCUCCAUCCCUACAACUUACAAGGGUAUUUUACAGUUAGAAUGCCACUUUGUAAAGUUUUUCCUUUUACUCUGUUGUGCAUGUUGGUCUGUUUCGCAUUUUUCUGUAGAGUUUCAUAUAUCCUUAAUCUAAAGUAAUUUAAAUAGGAAUGGGAUAACUUUAUUAUUUACAUAGUCUUGUAAAUGGAACUUGUAAUGUCUGGUUGUAAGGAGAAUGUGAAUUUGUAGGUAAAUGAAUUGUAUGGCAACCAAGCAUAUCCCCUGGAUUUGGGAGAGAUAGAGCCUGAGAUUUGAAGAAGAAGAAAAAAAAGGUAAAAAUUAAAAACAACUCUAACUGCCAGCGCCAAAGGGCUAAUUUUAAACAUGGGAGCUUUAUCGCAGUUUAGAAAAAAUGCUAAGGUCCAUUCCACUUUAUUUAACCCAUAGUUCACAAGGGGUUGAUUUUUUUUAAUGGGUCUCAAUAGGGUUUUCUAAAAUUACUUUCUACAAUUGUUAUUCUAUAGAAAACUGUACAGGAAGUCAGUAAAUUAGAAUAACUUCAAUUGGAAUAUAAUUUAAUUUUUUUAUAAUUUUAAAUAAAUGUGUUUCCAUUGUAGUAAAAGAAAUAGGUGGCAUGUACAUUUUGGCAAAAGGAGCUAUUAUGUGGUUAAUUACUUUAUCAGUCUUAAGUUAUUGUUUUUUACCCUUAAAGAAUUGGUUGUGGUAAAAACAUGUGAAUUUACUGGUUUUGAUCAUGACUGAGUCUGUUGCUUGUCAUGUUUCUGUGUGAGCAGUUAUGUUUUUAAAAAUAUCUGUUUUUCCUUUUUGAUUAAUAUGAGCAUGGAUGCCAAAAUUAUUUUUACUCUAGAUUCUUCUUGUUGUGUAAAAUGUUUCUUAACACUUAUGACAAGCCAAAUCCACAUUUUAGAAGGUGCUAUUGCUACCUGUGGGAUAACUGGCAACAAGACAGGCUUUUUCUUUUCAAUGGUUGGCUUUUACUCGAAGGUAUUAAAAAAAUGGCAGAAUUUGUAGCCUUGGGGGUAUGUCCAAGUUUAGGACUGAGUUGUCAAGAUUUUCUUUUGUUAAGGAAAUAACAGGAAAAUUGCCACUACUGAAUUUACUAUACUAUUCUAAACUUAAGAUUCAUUCCUUGAUGCAUUGACCAGUGGAGGUAUCCGGACCAGUGGAAGUGCUGAAUUUGCAUUAAACUAAGAAUACUUAACUCUGCACUUUAAGGUUUAAGUUUUACUCUGCCUUAAAUUAAUGAUAGGCAGAGCAGCCCUGAACAAUAUAUGUUGUUUAUGCAAUCCUGUUGAAGAAUAUAAUUUAUUUUUUUUAAAGUUUGUAUCUUUCAUCUCUGUUGAAGCUGUUUAAACCUUUUUUAAAUGCAAUUUUUAAAAUUUUUGUUUUUCUAAUAAAAUUAUCUCUAAAAGAACAGCAUUUCCAAUGGUGAUAAAUAUUGUUACUAUAUACUUAUGUAUUCCCUGUAUCUGAACACUUGUUGCUGCCUCACAAGAAAAUAGAACUUUUAUGUUAAAAUAAAGUCUGUCCUUCUUGA